AUGGCGGCUGCGGGGAUGGAGUGGUGGUGGGCCUUGCUGCUGCUGCUGCCGCCCACUGUUCACUCGUUCUACGUCCCUGGAGUCGCUCCUCGAGACUUUAGAGAAGGAGAGAGCGUGGAUAUCAAGGCAGUGAAGCUGACCAGCUCCAGGACUCAGCUGCCCUUCGAGUUCUACUCCCUGCCCUUCUGCCUCCCAGAGAGGGUGGAGUACAAGGGAGAAAACCUAGGAGAGGUUUUGCGCGGCGACCGUAUCGUCAACACGCUGUACGAGGUGAAAAUGACCACAGAUAAAAAGUGUGAGCUGGCGUGUCCAAAGAAGAAGCUGAGCGUGGACGAGAGUAAGCUGUUCGCCGAGCGCAUCAAAGAGGAGUACUACGUCCAUCUAAUUGCAGACAACCUCCCUGUGGCCACGCGGCUGGAGUAUUAUCCAAACAGAGACACUGCAGCUGAAGAUGCACAGAAAGACUCUUCCAAAGAUAUUCAGUUUGAGCACGGAUACAGGAUCGGGUUCAUCGACAACGACAAGGUCUACCUCCACAACCACCUGUCGUUCAUCCUGUACUUCCACAGAGAGAAGCUGGAGGAGGGGGAGACGCACAGCUACAGAGUGGUGCGCUUCGAGGUCGUCCCCCAGAGCGUCAAAGUGGAAGACUUAAAAGCAGAUGAGAAUGCAAAGUCCUGCACACUACCAGAGGCCAGUGGGUCAGUCCCACAGGAGAUCGACCCAACCAAAGAGAACGAGGUCCAGUUCACCUACUCUGUGCGCUGGGAGGAGAGUGAGAUCAAGUGGGCGUCUCGCUGGGACACGUAUCUGACCAUGAGCGACGUCCAGAUCCACUGGUUUUCCAUCGUCAACUCCGUGGUGGUGGUGUUCUUCCUCUCCGGAAUCCUCAGUAUGAUCAUCAUCAGAACCCUAAGGAAAGACAUCGCCAACUACAACAGAGAAGACGACAUCGAGGACACCAUGGAGGAGUCGGGCUGGAAGAACGUGCAUGGAGACGUGUUCAGGCCUCCUCAGUAUCCCAUGAUCCUCAGCUCUCUGUUGGGCUCGGGCAUCCAGCUCUUCUGCAUGAUCCUCAUCGUCAUCUUCGUGGCCAUGUUGGGGAUGCUGUCUCCGUCCAGCAGAGGCGCCCUGAUGACCACCGCCUGCUUCCUCUUCAUGUUCAUGGGGGUGUUUGGAGGGUACUUUGCCGGCAGACUGUACCGCACACUGAAGGGCCACAGGUGGAGGAAAGGAGCCUUCUGUACGGCGACACUGUACCCCGCUGUGGUGUUUGGGAUCUGCUUUGUGCUCAACUGUUUUAUCUGGGGAGAGCACUCGUCCGGAGCUGUCCCCUUCACCACUAUGCUGGCUCUGCUCUGCAUGUGGUUCGGCAUCUCCAUGCCUCUGGUGUAUCUAGGAUAUUACUUUGGCUUCAGGAAGCAGCCUUAUGAUAACCCAGUGAGGACCAAUCAGAUCCCCCGACAGGUGCCGGAGCAGCGCUGGUACAUGAACAAGUUUGUGGGGAUCCUCAUGGCCGGCAUCCUGCCCUUUGGAGCCAUGUUCAUCGAGCUCUUCUUCAUCUUCAGUGCCAUCUGGGAGAACCAGUUCUACUACCUGUUUGGGUUCCUCUUCCUGGUCUUUAUCAUCCUGGUGGUGUCCUGCUCUCAGAUCAGCAUCGUCAUGGUUUAUUUCCAGCUUUGUGCAGAGGACUACCGCUGGUGGUGGAGGACGUUCCUGGUUUCAGGAGGAUCAGCCUUUUAUGUUCUGAUUUAUGCCAUGUUCUACUUUGUCAACAAGCUGGACAUCGUAGAGUUCAUCCCCUCCUUGCUGUACUUCGGCUACACGAUGCUCAUGGUCCUGUCCUUCUGGCUGCUCACGGGGACGAUCGGCUUCUACGCCGCCUACAUGUUCAUCCGCAAGAUCUACGCAGCUGUGAAGAUCGACUGA